AUUGUGUGAGGCUGCGCACAAGCCUAGGUUUGCGUCGCCUGUGCCCCUCAGGACAAAAACUCCCGUCACUCUUUCUGAUCGAUGCGUUUUGCACCGUAUCCGUAGUCUCUAAGGGCCGACGCUGAUGCAACAGAUACAUAGUUCUCCCAAUGGCCCUGUUCUUAGCCUCUGGAGCCUCUGUCCCAUCGCUGGCGUUUUACGUGCCGUUAGCUUGCUAAACUGCUGCGCUGGCGACCUACAUCACGCUAUCUGUGACCGAUAUCCUUGUCUCAGGAUACACACCAGCCCCAAAAGCGCUCCUUAUAGUAGCACGACUCAGGGACAAGGGACUGACUCCCCCACUUUGGCCCAUAGGGCACGCUCCAAAGGACAACUGCAUUUGGGGGACUCAAAUAUAUAUCCAAGCCAUUACACAUCACACAGCAACAUUAUCAACGAGUUGCGCCUGAAGGAAGCGUGGGGCCGUGGCGAGGGCUGGCAGAACUGUAGGAGAUGGCGCUCAAGCUCAGACCGAUCGCGGUGUAUCCAGAUGCAGCAUAUGAGCCUGGCACGCCUGACUCAAGUACCGCUUCGCGCGCGAGGGCGUGUGUGGCAAUGGUGCACACGGACGUUGCUAAACUGGACGAAAGGCAGGACAGCAUGGGAGCUGAGGAGCAAGGUCGCGUUUCACGCUUCAGAGCGAAGCUGCGGAAGCUCCUGCUGGUCGGGGGUAGGAUGCGGCGGUCUGGGCCGAUGGCGAAACCGUCUCAACAGGAGUCGCUGCGCUCGCAUGUCAGCGCUGUCGAUCUUUCGAUCGCAGAGCCGAACCUUGAGGUUCAAGCGUCGGCUGGGUCGGGGUGGCCGGCCGGCAGCGUUAGUGGCCGAACGGGCAACCGAGCUGGUACGGCCAUACCAGCGCACAGCAGCGCUAAAGCAGCAGGCGGCGUUGCACUGCGCCCCACUACGCCGCCGACAGGAGCUCCGUUCCCGCUGGCUACCCGCGCCAGUCCCGCCAGCCCCUGUUACCAUUUCUUCAGCCCGAGCUCUACCGCCGCGUGUCCUGUUGCCGCCAGCGGCCAGCGCGCGAGCUCCACGCACCUCGGCGGGGCAGUAGCUGGCUCCGGCCUGCCCUCGUCCGCCUCUAGCUCUGGACUCCCCUCACCCGCCGCCAGCCCCUACCACCACAGCAUUGUUGGCGGCUGCGCUUCAGCUGGCCCGGCAGCGGUGCGCCAGCAGGCGCAGCUGCUGCAGGCGCCGCCACCGCAGACGCUGCGGCGGGCGGUCUCCUUCGGCCCCAACGUGGCUGACGCGCGGGCUGCCCUUGGCAGCAGUGGGAUGGCUACCGGCAGCAACGGCGGAGGAAGUGCGGCUGCAUCGCCAACAGCUGCUGCAGGCAGCGGUACCGCCCGCUCGAGUCACAGCGUCGGUCACACGUUCGUCGCCCACGCGACUGCACGGCCCAACAUUGUGUCAGUUCCCGAGGACAAGGCCUUAGCAGUGGACGCUCUCAGUGAGCCAGGCCCCAGCACCAGCGCCCCAAACUCGCAGCGUGGUUGCGCCUCCGCCUCCCGCCUCGGCAGCAGCGCCGGCGGCCGCAGCGAUGGACCCAACCCGCUCAUGGACUUCGUGCUCAGUCACACACCUGGUGCCGGCGCCGGCGGCUCUGACAUUGACGCAAUUCUGCUGAGCUCAAGCCAAAGCUGCGACGCCUACCAGUCUGCUGGAGGUGGCGGUGGUGGCGAAGCUGGCGGCGCAGUGCUGCACCAGGGCUUGUUGAGGUUGCCGUCAGCGUCGGGCCAGGGCCCACACCUGGCCCGACCGCCACCCAUGCCGCCGCCCCUCUCGCUGUCACGGAGCGGCAGCUUUGGUGGGCGCGCGGGUGCAUGGCGCGCGUCGCCGCCUGGCACUGCGAAACCCACAGCCGCCGCCGCACGCGCGGCGGUUGCAGGCGAGGAACACCAGCAGGGCAGCAGCGGCGGCUGCAGCGGUAGCUGCGGCGGCAGCAGCGGCAGCGUGCCGUGCGCGCCGGCUAGCGCUGCCUCUCCCUUCAGUACUGCUGCGGCUGGGGCGAAGCCUCCGCAGCCGCCGUCGCCUGUGCACCGCUCGGCGACCGCUACACAUGCCGACGCGCCGCCACGCACGCCGCCAACGCCCCAGGCGCGGCAGCACCACGGGCCGCCUUCUGGCAUGACGCGCGGCAUGUCCGCCAUCGCUCUGUCCAGCAUCAGCUCUGCUAGCUUCAACUCGCCACUCCGCCCGCCGGCGGCGCUCAGCCCCACACUGGCGGCUGGACACGGCGCAUCUCAACAGACCCACCAACAGCCACAGCCGCGCCAGCAGGCGGCGGCGGCCGAGCUGAGUAGUGCGGCUGGGGCUGCGCCAGGGCUCCCAGGACCUCCGCCGUCUUCACAGCCCCCAGUGCGGCGCGCGCACAGCACAGUGGACGCGUCCAUGCUGCGGCCUACGCCCGAGACCCCGCCCGGCCCGCCGGGCGUGCUGAUGGCUGUUGGCGCGUCCAUGCCUCGCGAGAUGACCCGGAGCGAGUGGCGGCUAGAGGACUACACGCUGCUAAAGAAGCUGUACAAGGGCAACUACAGCGCCGUGCACAAGGCGCUGUGCCGUACCUCCAUGCAGCUGGUGGUUGUCAAGGUGUACGACACUGCCCGCAUGACGGAGCUGGCCAGGAACCACGUGAAGCGCGAGGCGGCGCUGCACUCGGUGUUGGAGCACGACAACAUCCUUAAGCUGUUCGCCGUGUUCUCACAAGGGCCCUACGUGGUGCUCAUCGAGGAGGUGGCGGAGGGAGGAGACCUCUACCACGUGCUCAAGGACGUGCCGGGCCACCGACUGCACGAGGACCGCGCCGUGGCGGGCGUGCUGUCGCCGCUGCUGCGCGCGCUGAGCCACCUGCACGCGCAGGGCAUCGUGCACCGCGACAUCAAGCUCGAGAACAUUUUGUUCAGCGACCGGCACCACACACACAUGCUGCUGGCUGACUUCGGCAUUGCACUGUCGCUGCGGCAGGAGCGCGCCGUGACGCGUGCAGGUACCACAGAGUACAUGUCACCUGAGCAGUUGAAAUGUCCUUUCAAGCGCCACCCCAGCGACAACAAAGACCGCACGGACCUGCACUACGGUGCUGGUGUGGACGUGUGGGCCACGGGCGUACUGGCCUACGAGCUGCUGCACGGCUACCCGCCGUUCAUGGGCUCUAGCCGCGAGGAGACAGAGUCGUUCAUCGCCACCGCACCGGUGCAGGUGUCGUCCGCGCUGUCGGCAGGCGCACGCGACUUCGUGCUGUCGUGCCUGCACAAGGACCCGGCGCUGCGACCCACCGUGCCGCAGCUGCUGGCGCAUCCCUGGAUCCGGACCAACACGCGCCAGCUCCGUGUACCCUAGCUGGUAAAGCGCGCACACAUACAUGCAAGGCAGGGGCCGGGGCUGCUGCGGGGGGAGGGGGCGGCGCCGGUGAGGAGUCAGGUUGGAAUGCGGCAUACGAAGCAACAGCGGCGUACACGGUAUACGGUAUUAAUGCAUCCGAGGAUCAGAGUGCAUUCGGCAACGGGCCGCGCGCCAUACUUAUGAUCAUUUUGUUUUCCUGUGCCUCAAGAUUGCGGUAUUACACAGUGCCUCAAGCAUGAUGAGCAGAUUGCUGUAGUUGCAUUGUACGGCGACCCACAGCGGUGGUUCCCACCUGAUAUCGGUUUCAUAUUCUACCCACAGCUAGGUGUGGUUGCAUCUGCCAUUUGUUGAUUCAAGAUGACUGGUGCAUUGGGCUGCGGGUACCGGGAGAUACAGAGGAUUACGCUGGCGUGCCCCAGGCGUAGUAGUGGGAGAAGUAUUGGCAAGCCGUGAGCUAUUACAGCUUGUGGCGCGCGGGUGGCGUCAGCAGCUGACCAUGAGCGGCGAAUACGCUACCUCUACUCUGGAGGUGGCGUGGACGCGGCGGCGGCGGCCGGGUCUGCGCCUGCGCCGGUGCAACAGUACGGGCUGUGGCACCUACUCCGUUUCUACCGGCAGUGGGGCCAGCGGCGGUGGCGCCUGACUGUCCAUGUGCGGACGCAGAAGGUGCUGGAGCACACGGCGCAGCAGCUGGCUGGUGGAAGGCCCAAGGAGGAGGUCAUUGUUGGCUGGGGCAACGCCAACACUGGCUAUGGCGGUUGCAUCAGCAGGUUGGGGCGGGGUCCAAACCGGGCACUGCUCCGCCUGCUGGUGGACAAGUACGCGCACCUGGUGGUGUACGUGGACGAGUUCUACACAUCGCAGGUGUGUGCGAAGUGCGGGCGGCGCUUACUCGGCAACGGGCAGCGCUGCCUGCAGGCGGUCGUACCAUGGGGGGGCUUACGUGCUCACCAAGUCCAAGUGUGCAACCACUGCGGGACGGUGUGGGUGAGUCCACUUUGUGGGCGGGCGGCUGGCUGGGCGAUGGAUGGGUGGCUGGGUGGCGGCUCAGUGGGGCUCAGUGGGUGAUGGCUGGCUGGGUGACGGCUCAGUGGGGCUCAGUGGGGCUCAGUGGGGCGCAGUCGUGGGCUCAGUGGGGCUCAGUGGGUGAUGGCUGGGUGACGGCUGGGUGACGGCUCAGU